UUCAUUCUUACGUUUCCAUUUUAACAUUCCAAAAAAUUCCAAAUGGAAACUGAAAUCGCCUCAGAGCUUCUUCCUUUCUGCCGUAUCUACAAAAACGGUCGCGUGGAGCGUCUCUCCGGCACCGAAAUCAUCCCUCCGUCACCAGACGCAACAAACGACGUCGUCUCAAAGGACGUCACAUACUCCCCGGAACAUAACCUCUCCGUUCGUCUCUUCCUCCCUCACAAAUCCACCUGUAACAACCACCACAACAGCAACAACAACAACAACAACAACAAACUCCCUCUGCUUAUCUACAUCCACGGGGGAGCGUGGAUCAUCGAGUCACCUUUCUCUCCCAUCUACCACAACUACGUCGCCGAGCUCGUCAAAUCCGCAAACUGCCUCGCCGUCUCGAUCCAGUACCGCCGUGCGCCGGAACAUCCCAUCCCCGCGUCGUACGAGGAUUCAUGGUCCGCGGUUCAGUGGAUCUUCUCACAUGCCGAUGGAUCUGGUCCUGAAGAGUGGAUCAACGAGUACGCAGACUUCAACAGAGUUUUCAUCGGCGGAGACAGCGCGGGAGCCAACAUGUCUCACCACAUGGCCAUGAGAGCAGGUCAGGAGAAGCUUAACCCUAGGAUCAAAGGUGUUGCGAUUGUUCAUCCAGCUUUCUGGGGAACGGAUCCUGUGGACGAGCACGAUGUGCAAGACGUAGAGAUGAGACGUGGAAUCGCUGAGGUUUGGGAGAAGAUCGCGAGUCCUAAUAGCGUGAACGGGACGGAUGAUCCGUUGUUUAACGUGGUUGGAUCCGACUCGGAUUUUUCAGGGUUGGGAUGUGACAAGGUUUUGGUUGCGGUGGCGGGGAAAGAUGUGUUUGUGCGGCAAGGGUUGGGUUACGCGGAGAAACUGAGGAAGAGUGGGUGGGGAGGAGAUGUGGAGGUGGUUGUGGAAGAAGAGGAAGGACAUGUGUUUCAUCUCCAGAACCCUAGUUCUGAGAAUGCUUUGAGAUUUUUGGAGAGGUUUGUUGAGUUUAUUACCGGUUCAGGUACUGAUGUUUUGUGAAUGCUAUGUACCCACCUCUGUUGAAUUAUUUUGAAUUUGAUUUACCUUUUAAUUUUAAAGUUUAUUAUGGAGUUUGUAAUAUGAAUCUUUUUUAGUUGUCUUAUGUUUUGUAAUUUUGUGAAUGCUAUGUAUCGGACUUUGGCUUAUGUUUUAGAAUUCCUUGUCAAUUUUUUUUAGUUGUCUAGUGUGUUUCCUCUUAUGGCUCUGGAAAGAUUUCGAUUUUUGCUGUUUUAUGGCUUCGGAGGAAAAGUGUUGGUUUAUGGUUUGGAAGAAAAGUGUUUCUUGCUGGUUUGUGUGUAUUGGACUGUGUUUCACCC